GAAACUUUUGCAGCUCUUAGACAGACCACCAGUUCUUGCCACCCGGCUGUCUGUAGCGCAAGAAGGCUGCAGCCACAGGCGUUGCAAUAAGAGCGUGUCCCUUGCAUCACGUGACAUUGUCUGUUCGAUCACGUGUUUGGGUUCGAAAACAAAAUUUCGAGAGCAUCAUGGCCAUCCAUCCAACUUCGGAGGGGGUCCUUCUCGCAGCCCCCUGUGCUCACGGUUGCUCCUUUCUGAUUGCCGCAGAAAGGUCAAUCGCAAAGUCCGGAUGUGCGGAGCAUCAGUCGACUGCUAGCAUCGCUCACAGCAGUCUUCAUCAUCGCUCACCACGGCAUACAUCUGCUCUCUGCUCGCGACAAACCCACACAGGGCUGAACAGUCGCCAUGGCAAAACAGGCCAAACGAACGAAAAAGUUCAUCAAGAAUAACCUGACCGACACCAUCAAGUCGCGUCGGGACAGAUCCAAGAAGAAGGCGGUGAUAGAGAGGUCCAAGCAGGCCAAAGCUAUCAGGUCAGGGCGAGCUCCCAGCUCGUCCAAGCGCAGCGACAGAGCUGAUCAAGAUGAGGAUGUGCCGCGCACAAGCAAAAAGUCGGAUCAGCGGGUGAUGGGCGUGGAAGAGUUCUUGGGUGGUGGCUUCAAACAAGGGUUGAAUGCAGACGAAGAUGAGGAGGCUGCUGGCAGCAUGGACUCUGAUGAGCAGGGUGAAGAUGAGGAGGUGGAAGAAGAUGAUGAUGAUCUGGAGGAUCUUGAGGAUGGUGCAGAGGACGAAGAGCUGGAUGAGGUAGCGCACGCCAAGCAGAUCCAAGCUUUGGCCAAGAGCGACCCCACAUUCUACAAGUAUCUGCAAGAGAACGAUCAAGAUCUGCUCGAGUUCGGAGGCGCAGGGAUGACGGGAGCCGGAGUUGAGGACGAUGAUGAUGAAGAGGCAGAUAGCGAAGAUGAGCGGGUCACCGCCAAAUUCAAGGGCAAAAGCAAAGCUGCAAGCGAUGACGGGGGUCCGGUCGUAGUGACGCCUGCCCUUCUCAGAAGUUGGCAAAAGUCCAUGAUCCAGCAACACUCCUUGCGCGCCUUGAGACGCCUUCUGCUGGCUUUCAGAGCAGCUGCACACAUGUCUGAGCCAGAUUCAGAAGAGCAAGCAUCAGCCUACAUAGUCACCUCCGCCAAAGCGUUCAACAAGAUCAUCCUUACCGCUUUGAAGUACAUGCCCAUGGUGCUGGCGCAUCACGCCCCUUACAAGGAGGUUCCUCUAGCCAACGGUGCCGGCCACAAAUACAAGCUGCCAACUGGCAACAAGAAAUUUUCUCAGCUUCAAAAACCCAUACAGAGCUUCUUUAUCAAUGUCCACAAGCUCUUGAAGACGCUGACCGAUCACGACACUUUGUAUGCUGUCGUUACUGAUAGCUCCAAGACGAUUCCUUGGCUGCUGUCUAAUCCCAAGGCGACUCGAGAACAUCUCAAGCAUUUGUUCGACCUGUGGACCUCGUCCGCGGACCGAGUCAGGAUCGCCGCAUUCUUGAGCAUUCGACAAAUUGCCGCUGCAAGCAAUGACAAGAUGCUGGACUUUUGCCUGAGGGGAACCUACCAAAGCUUCGUUCGCUCGACUAGGAACACCACUAUCCACACGCUAGGAUCCAUCAAUUUGAUGAAGAACAGCGCGACUGAGCUGUUCGCAUUGGACCAAAGUGCAGGGUAUCAGCAUGCAUUUGGCUUCAUCAGACAGCUGGCUAUUCACUUGAGAGGUGCCCUGAAGACGAGAUCCCAAGAGAGCUACAAAGCGGUCCUCAAUUGGCAGUACCUGCACUGCUUGGACUUUUGGUCUCUCAUCCUAGCUGCUGCCUGCGAUACGCAGCAAGGCAAAGGUGAUGAGAUGCAGCCGUUGAUUUAUCCGCUCGUCCAAGUGACGUCCGGCGUUCUGAAGCUCAUACCAACUUCGAGGUACUUCCCAAUGCGUCUGCAUCUGGUCAACAGUAUGCUGCGUCUGUGCAGGAGGACCGGUGUCUAUAUACCCCUCGCGCCGCCUUUGCUGGAAGUGUUCGACGCAGCAGAGUUCCAUCGCAAGGACAAGCCGUCGACGCUCCUUCCUCUCAAUUUCGAGGUCACGCUUCGAGCGCCUCAAGGCUACGUGCGCACUCGCGUCUUCGCUGACGCUAUAGCCGACGAGACUUGUGCUGUCCUGCUCGAGUAUUUGGCCACCCAGAGCCGGAGCAUUGCCUUUCCGGAGCUGGUGAUUCCCAUUCGGACUCAGCUUCGACGAACGCUCAAAGGGUGCAGAUCGCCCAAACUCUCUUCCAACUUGAAGAACAUCCUCCACAAGAUGACGCUAAAUUCUCAGUGGAUCGAAAAGAAGAGAAGGAACGUUGAUUUCGCUCCGAAGGAUAGGAGGCAGGUUUUGAGCUUCUUGAAGAACGAAACACAGGAGAGUCCGCUGGAAUCUGCUGCUAGGCUUCAAAGAAAAGUCAGAGAGCAGCAGAAGCAGCUCUUGCAAACCAGCGAGAUGGCGCAAGCUGACGGGAAUGAGGACGAAGAUGAGGAGAUCGAAGAUGAGAGUGAGGACGAGGAUGAGGAGGAGGAAAUGGAGGUGGAUUGACGGAUCGAUCCUUUGAACUGUAACAACAUCAUUCACCUUUGCUCGACUCGCUGCAAUUCAACUGCUUACAC